CCCUGAAAAGUGUAAAAACCUGAAGAAAAGAAUCGAGGUGUUGCUAUAGAAACCAGAGAAACCCAGCAGUGUUGAGGAAAAGAAAAGAAAGAGGAUAGUGAUGGCGUGGAAAUGGAUCGUGCGAAGAACUCGCGAAUCAAAACCAUUCUUCUUUGCAUUCGCUACCAUAUGCGGCGUCGUUCCUGGAGUUGUUGGCUACUGUGUGAUGCAAGCCACCAAUACCCGCAGCGAUCAGCUCGAAUCUCAACUCCGCUCUAAGGCUCGCCCUGAAUCACUGAUGAUGGGACAAGUGAAUAAAGAGAGACUGGCAGAAUAUCUUGGAGAGCUGCAGCGAAAGGAGAAUACCAAUGACCGUUAUGUUGCUGCUCUAAGAGGAGAGACUUUAACAAGAAAACCUUAUGUGAGAAUUCAACCAAUUCCAGAGCAAACCGACAAGGAGCAGAAAAAUUGAAUAAGUUGCUGAACUCCAGUUAUUGUGAAUAUACGUUCUUUUGAGUUCACUAUAAACACAAUGCUGUUUUAUUUUUAUUCCCGUUUUAUUCCUGAAUGCAUUUAUUUAAGAAGCCAUGUUCUUGAGAGGACCAGAAGCGGCUUGAUGGAAAUUGAGUGCUCAUGGUUCCAUCCAAACAUUUACUAGUUAUAACACUUAAUGUCAAUUUUUCAUAGUAGAUGACUAGUAUUCUCUUUGGAAUACAUGCUUUUAUUUUAUAGGAUUUAUGCUUUUUUGUACUGAACUGUUUGUUUAUUUAUAAUCAACUUGAUUUGGCCUGAAAUAAAAUGUCGAUUCACAUUGCUCCUUCUACAUAA